CAAACUGUCCUUUGCCAAAAGCCAUCGUUUGGCCCCCAAAGACGCGCGCCAGCAGCGCAGCGGCGCAGCAGCGCGGGCCCCAGCACCCAAAGCAGCCGCGCGGCCGGGGCAGCAGCGCGCAACGAUGCCGGAAGUCUCCCCGUCCCCCACGGGCCCCAGUCCGCCCGGCGACUCGAUCAUCCUCGAGGAGGAGAUCGACCCGAACUACGUGCCCAGCCAGGACGAGAUUGAUGAAUAUGCGAAGUGGCUCGGCAUGGACCUGCAGCAAGACAAAGAUUUGCAGUGGAUCGCGCGCGAAGGGCUGAAAGCGCCUCUACCAGAACAUUGGAAACCGUGCAAGACGACGGACACGGACGAGAUCUACUACUUUAAUUUUUCUUCUGGAGAAUCUACCUGGGACCACCCCUGCGACGAGUACUAUCGCACGCUCUACGAGGUCCCGCCGCGGCGUCCUCCUUCGCAUCAUCGAGAGAAGCUGCGCGUCGAUGGCGUGAGGACGUGGAGAGAGACACGGAGAGAAGCGCCGCGUCGAUGGCGUCGAGGUGGACGUCGACGCUUCGCACUGCCCACGCAGGAGCAACGCAAGAAGAAGGCCAACGACCUCAAAAAUUCGUCUACCGCGAAGCAGAAGGAGAAGGACGACGUCCGUAAAUUACUAGAUAAGAAGCCCAAGAAGGCGAAGAGGAAGAAGGCCCUCGAGAAGGCCCCGCUCGGCGCGCUGAAAGGAACCGACAAGAAGAGCGAGCUGGCCCCGAUCGGCGCGACGUCUCCUACAAUGGCCAAGAAGGAGCCGAAGAGGACGGGAGACCAUCUGGGCGAGGUCAAGAAGGAGCCGACGCGCACGGGCGACGAUGAUAGGCCGCCGUCGCGCGCGCGCAACAAGCUCGCCGCGGCCGUCUCCGCGAGCGACUCGGACGUCUCCGCGACGAUCCAACAAACGGAGACGAAGAUCGAAGGUUUAUUGAAUAAUGAGAGGCCGCCGUCGCAGAACGGUUCGAGCAACGGCGACCGGCCGCGCUCCCGAAAUAGGGCGCUCGCGGCCGUCGCCGACUCGAAGGACUUCGCCGUGCCUUCACCAAAACCGACGGCGGCAUCGCCGGUGCAGACGUCCCUCGUGAAGUCCCUGGAACUGGAGAGAGACGAGCUCAAGAGGGAGGUCGACCGGCUCCGCACGUCGUCGGAUACUGGAGACGCGCACGAGCGCCUCAAGGCGGUACGUGCGGCGGCGUCUUUUUUCACUGGGGGCGCGGCGAUGGCGUGCGACGGAGAGCCAACAACAACCCCGGCGCAGGCGGAGGAGGCGGCCGAGGCCCGUUGUAAGGCAGCAGAGGCCCGCGCGGCCGAGGCCGAGCGGACCUGCGAGGAGCGCUGCGCGAAGGCGGACGAGCUCGUGAAGAAGCUCGAGGCGGACCUGGCGCGCGACUUCGCGGCGUCGAAGGCCGUCGAGACGUGCCUGGACGAGCGCAACCUCGAACUCAAGGCGGAGAGGCGCAAGAGCGAGAGCCUCCAGGCGGCUUUAGAUGCCGUUCAAAAGGUCGAGCCGAGCGGCGACGACGAAACUGAUAAGUUAAGGGAGUCGCUGCCCCGGGCCGCGGCGCUGGAACGGGAGUUGGAGACUGUGAAAAAGGACGCCGCGGAGAUCGCCCAGCACGCGGCCGAGCAGACGCGGCGCCGCGAGGCCGCCGAGACGGCGUCGCAGGAACUCAAGGCCGAGAGGGACGCGCUGCAGCGGGACGCCGACAAGGCCAAGGAGUUGUGCGGCGCCAAGGAAACGGCGCUGGCCGCGCAGACGGCCUUGGUCAAGACGCUGCAGGAGGAGUUAUCCGUGGCGCGGUCGGCGCGCGACGCGUCGCAGAGGGCGCUUUCUGAAGCCGAGGCCCGCGCGAGCCAGGCUCGAAGCGAGGUGACGGAGACGCGCUCGGAACUGAGCAAAGCUAGAGCGGACGACACGGCGGACCGCCGCGCGCGCGAGGCCGAGGCGCGCCUUGAAUUGCUAGAAAGGGACCGUAGGGAUGAGCGCAAGGCCCUCGAGGACGCCAAAUCGAGAAGUGACGCGCGAUUGAGAGCGUUGGAGGAGCGGGCCGAGGGCUCGAAGCGCGCCGAGAACGACGCGCGGGCGACGAUCGACGACCUGCGGCGGCAGCUCGACGACCGGUCGGGCGCCCAGGACAGCGCGUUGCUGAAUAGAGCGCAGGCCGCCGAGGCCGACGCGCAACGCGCCAAGCGCAAUACUGAUGAAGCCAACCGGUCGAAGAACGAAAUGCAACAGCAGUGCCACGACGCCGAGGAGCGCCUGGCGGCGUCCGAGGAGGCCGUGCGCAAGCUCAAGGCCGACGCGCGAGACAUGGCGCGCAAAUUGAGUGAUGCCGAGGACCGGGCCACGGAACUGGAAAAGGAGCAGACGUGGAAGCAGGAGAAGCUCGACAAGCUCUCGCAGCGGGCCGACGGCGAAGCGGCGAAGCGCGUGUCCGCGGAGCGCGACCUCGCGUCCUUGCGGGCGUCGGUUGACGGUGGCGGCGGCGACGCCGUGCUCGUCGAGUCGCUUCGACUCAGAGCCGAGAAGGCCGAGAGUGAGCGAGACGCCGCCACGAAGCGGGCGCUGCACCUGGAGACGGAGCUGGCCCGGGCGCGGACUCAGGCGCCCACGACACCCGGUAACGACGACCGCGCCGCGCGGUCCGCGAGACGGGAGCGCGACGCCGCCGUCGACGCGUUACGACAUGCGGAGGCCAAGUUACGGCAACAGCAGGAGUCUCCCCGAUCUCGCGUCGACGACGAGCGGAGCGCGCUCAGGGAGGCCAAAGAAUUGGUACAGAAGCAGCGCGCCUGGCUCAAGGAGCGCCAACGACAGCUCGAGGAGAAGCGGAACGCGUGGCGCUCCCGGGCGGCCCUCAAGGAGUCGCGCGGGUCGACGCGGGAGCGCCAGCACCUCGAUCGCGAGGCGUCGGACCUGAACAAGCUGGUGAGGCAACUGCGCAAGGCGCAGAGCUGGAUCGAGGAUAGGAACGAGAAGGUGCGGCGCGUCGAGGCCGGCGCGUCGCCGCUGGCGGAGCUCGACCUGCUCGACGACGAAACAUUCUGUUCCUCGGUGAGCGAGACGCCCCACCGGAGGAGACGCCGUUAUCGACGCGCGCCGGAGGUGCACUACGGCAUGUACGACCCGUACCGGCCGCCGCAAGCCUUCUACUACUGCAUGCCGCCGCCGCCGCCUCCGCCGCCGCGCCCGACGGACGAUUAUUAUCAACAGGCCCAGGCCCAGGCACCUUCUGGUACUCAUUGGGCACCACCACCGCCUCCCGUAGUACCACAACCGACGAUGGCGACGCCGCUGCGGGAGUGGGCGGUGAAUCGUGAGCACGCGCAGGGCCGCAUGCACUCCCACGUGAAGUGGCUGGACGGGCUGCGGAACGAGCUGACGGCCCACUGCUACGGCAAGCCGGAGCCCGAGGUCGUGGGAGUGCCGGGCGACGCCGCGCUCGACGCCGCCGUCGAGGCGCGGCUGCGGGGCUAGGCGUCUGUGCUCCCGCGUAACUUGGGGGACUCUUCUCGUGGCACCGACGACGUCCGUGUAUUGGUUCG